AUGGAGAACUUGUGGUUAGCGCUCCAGCUUGCCCUCAUAUCCAAGAAAGACUUUGUCAUACAAACCACUGACUAUCAUAAAUGUUUGAACUCCCUAAAAUGUUUGGCCACUGAGAGGUUUAACAUUGACGACAUAGUGGAGGUUGAUCUCCAGGCUUUAGACGUUGACUUCAAUGCUAUUGCGGAAAGCAUCAUUAAUCCAGAGGGUUUCGUCUACAGUAUGAUAAUCUGGAAGAAUCUAGAGACUGUAAAGCUUGAUUUCGAUAAGAAACGCAAUCUUCUACGAGUCUUGGAUGAGUUAUCGAGGUACGGCAAGGUUUCAUCGAGAAAUACUGAUCAUGAGCCUUUUCAAUUGGGUGAUCGAAUGGUCAGGAAGCCACCUAUCUGUAUUUUGGUUCCCAUCAUUGUCAAUGGUACUCAAAUGCCGAAGAUAAAUCCGCAGAUCAAGAGCCGCUUUUUCUAUUCCCAACUAUACAUCCCCCAGGACGGCGACGAACUGAAGCCACAACCAAGUGAUGAAGACAUCUUGCUGGCGAGAUGCCUUCUAGAUACAGUGUUUGUGAAGGCCACUGUUGAAGAGUACGCCUUCUCAUUGUUCGUGUUCGCCAGAUCACAUCGAUUAUGCUCCUUAGCUCCACUUUCUAGUCGACCACCUUUAUCUGCGAGAGAAAAUGUUCUUUUAUUGGCUAAAGCGUUAGUUGUCGCAAGAUCUGACGACGAUGAACGACUAUUUGUCACGCCGGAGCAUGUCAAAGUUGCCUUUCGAAAGGUGGCAUCUUGGCUCAUAGACUGGGAAACAAACCCUCUUUUUAGUGGCACUGGCGAAAAAGAUGAUUAUAGGAAGAAAAUGGAGAUCUCCAUGCUUACAGGUGAUUGGUUUGGAAGUGAGUGGAGGCACGUUGAAAGUUACAUAACGAAGAAUGCCUCGAAACCGGACAAAAAUUCGACUACUGGGUUCACCAAUCCAUUAGUUGAGGAUGUUUUAUUAUCAGUGCAGCCUCCAAUAUAG